AUGUGCCCUUUCUUUGUGCACCAUGCAAUUUCUGCAUUCAUCCAAGUUGUGGAAUGGAAAUGUGUUUGCGACGAAGAGUAUAGCAAAUGCGAAGUCUGCAAAGAAUUUCUUAAGGAAUACACUUACGGUUGUUCCCACUGCAACUUUAACCUUCACAGCAAAUGCGCUUCUUUACCGCUCACUAUAGAAACUGAAGUCCAUGACCACCCAUUAACACGCAUGUGGAAGUCAAUAAAGUUCACUUGUGACCUUUGUGGCAAAGAAGGCAAUGUGCCCUUUCUUUGUGCACCAUGCAAUUUCUGCAUUCAUCCAAGUUGUGCGUCUUAUGUACGCAAUGUCAAAGUUAUACGUCAUGACCACAUCCUCCACCUUACCAUUUCUUCUCUUGAAGCCAAUCAAUCUGUUUCCCAAUUUUGUCGCCUCUGUGUUCAAAAAGUGGACAUAGAUUAUGGGUUUUAUUAUUGCUUGAGUUGUGAUUUUGUUGCCCACCUUGACUGUGCUAUGGACAAGGAAAAUAGGGAGGACAUAAAUUUGUUGAAAAUUACAGAUGAGUCAAAAAAUGAUGAUCUAGAGCUAGAUGGAUCUAUAAACUCAAAAACUUACAUAGUCAAAAAAAUCAAUGUAGGUGAGGAUGGAAUAGAAAUUGCCAUAGAAAUCGAACACUUCAGUCAUCAGCAUGACUUAAAGCUUGCGGAUGAGGUUGAGAAAAACAAAAAAUGUGAUGGUUGCUUACGAGUCAUUCUCCCUCCAUUUUACAGUUGUACCAAGUGCAACUUCUUACUUCAUAAAUCUUGUAUUGAAUUACCUAGAAAAAAACGACACCCACUUCAUCGACACCCACUCAACCUUUUCCCAAAGGCACCUUAUAGGAGUAAGUUAUUUAGGUGUGAUGCUUGUUGCCAAGAUUGCAAUGGCUUCACCUACCAUUGUGAGGAAUGCAACUUUGAUCUUGAUGUUCAAUGUAGUUUGAUGUUGGACAUCCUUAUCCACAAAGGUCACGAGCAUCAUCUUUACCUCUCCAACACAAGAUAUGAACAAAAUUGUAGUAGUUGUGACUUUGAAAGUUUCCAAGUAUAUCGUUGUAUUACUUGUGAAUUUGCAUUAGACUUUAAAUGCGCUACACUGCCACUUACUACUAGGUACAAACAACAUGAGCAUCCCUUCACUCUCAGUUAUGCUGUUGAAGAUGACUCUGGUGAAUAUUAUUGUGAUAUAUGUGAAGAGGAACGAGACCCAAAGCAUUGGUUCUACUACUGUGCAGAUUGUAGUUAUCCUGCUCAUCCAAAAUUAUUGCCUGCAACCACUGCUGCACAUUUUGAGUUGAAGCCACAGAUAAUCCACCUUCUUCCUACUUUUCAUGGAUUGGAUAGAGAAGAUCCUUAUAUGCAUGUGAAGGAUUUUCUUGAGAUUUGUGCUACUUGUAAGUUUCAAAAUUUCACUGAUGACUCUGUUCGCUUGCGUUUAUUCCCUUUUUCCUUGAAGGAUAAGGCAAAAGCAUGGCUUAAUUCUUUGUCACCUGGAUCUAUCUCUUCAUGGGAACUGUUGGUCACAAAAUUCCUCUCUAAAUUGUUCCCAAUGGCCAAGACCAAUGCUUUGAGGAGAGAAAUUGCAGAUUUUUAUCAAGAUGAAUAA